CGGCAGGUGAGGUCGAAAUGUAUUUCCGGCAGGUGAGGUCAUCGACACCGCUGAGAAGAUGGAGGCAGUGAUUAGCGAGACGGUAACUCCGGAGGAUUUAAUGAAAUUUGAGAAGAAAUAUACAGCUGAAUUGGCCAAAGGCCCCGUCUCCAAAGACACGCAGUUUGAGUACGCCUGGUGCCUCAUCAGGAACAAGUACCCUAACGACAUAGCCAAGGGGAUCCUGCUUCUGGAAGAGCUGGUGCACAAGGGAACAAAGGACGACCAGCGAGACUACCUGUUCUACCUGGCUGUGGCAAACUACAGAUUGAAGGAGUACGAGAAGGGACUGAAGUACAUCCGUAUCCUUCUGAAGAACGAACCAGCCAACAUGCAGGGCUUGGAGCUGGAGAAGCUGAUCAAGAAAGCCAUGCAGAAAGAUGGGCUUGUCGGCAUGGCGAUAGUGGGCGGGAUCGGCCUGGGAGUGGCCAGCCUGGCCGGCCUCAUCGGUUUGGCUGUGGCCAAGUCCAAGUAAGGGAUUGGAAGACCCCUCCCCCUGCGGAACGCUCCAGACCCGAGGAUUGUGAAUCUGUCCGCUCUCUUUGCAUUUCACUAGGAGUUUAAUAAUCGCACACACCUGAGCUUGUUACCUAGACACACUGGGGCUGAUCAAGCUACUAGGAAAACCUGGACUGGAUCACGCUGCUCUGCAAUGGGAGUCUGAUUACCAUCCCCGCAGCAAAACUAAAAAAGAAGCCUGUUUUAAUUCAGAGAGGGGCAAGUAGCGCCUGUCCUGUGCUGAGUGAAAUGUUACUAAAAACAAAGGAAAAAGUAAUGUUUUGAGUGUGUUCUGUAAAUAAAAUUGUAGUAUAACAAGUAUUAUUAAAAAUGAUGAUUAUUAUAACUGCUACUUAAUCAGAUUUAGCAAUUUCUAGUGAACUGGGAUUAACAUUAUUUAGCAGCUUUCCUUGGACUCUACGAAGCUUCGUUCUACACACUGUGUACGCUUCUGCCUGAACUCCAAACCCUCGCUGGCCCUCGAUCUCUCACUGCAAAUAAUAAUAAAACAGUAAGAAAACAAAA